AGCUGUGUGUGAACAUGGUGAUAGUCGGCAUGUUACUGAUGGUCCUCUUUGUUUCAGGUGCUUUGGCUAAAUGUCCUGAUGAAGCAGCAGUCUUCAUAAAUGCAUCAAAGAAGCUGGAAGCACUGAGUGGAUCUUGUUUGCAAAUCCCAUGUAGCUUCAGACCCAAAGAAGAACAGAAAUUUAUCAGCACAAGAAAAAUUAUUGGAGUGUGGAUUAAAAAUCAAUCCCAAUUUGGCGAUAAUCAAAACAAUGUGAUCUUCAACAGUAGUGCAGCAGUUAACAUCUAUCCAAUGAGUAUUACUGGGAACCUGAGUCAGAGAGACUGCACCACUCUGUUUUGUAAUUUAAUCACCACAUACACAGACACAUACUUCUUCAGAGUAGAGAGAGAACCAUUCAAAGCAACAGCUUCUUGUGAUCCUCUUCAAAUAACAGUCAGAGAUUCUCCUUGGAGGCCCAAUAUUACAAUCCCAGGUGAUCUGAAGGAGAAGGAGUCUGUCACUAUAACCUGCUCAGCUCUCACUCCCUGUCCACACUCCCCUCCUCAACUCACCUGGAAUCUCCAACAAGACUCUCACAACAAAAUAGAGGAAAACACAGAUGGAAGCUUUACAACUAAAAUCCAGCAGAACAUCACUCUGUCAGACACACAUGAUGGAAAGAAGAUCAACUGCUCUGCCAGAUAUCCUGUGAACCAAGGAAAAGACACCAAGACAGCAGAGACAGAAGAGACUCUCAGUGUUUCAUAUGCUCCUAAAGACACCUCAGCAUCCAUCAGUCCAUCAGGUUUGGUGUCAGCAGGCAGCUGGGUGAACCUGACCUGCUCCAGCAGAGCCAAACCUCCAGUCAGCAGCUUCACCUGGUUCAAGAAGAGCAGAGAUGGAGCUGUGAAAGUAUCUGAAGGAGAGAUUUACAGCUUCAAUGUAACAGAUGGAGGAGUUUAUUACUGUGUGGCCACUAAUGAUCUGGGUAAUCAGACAUCAGCAGAGAUUAACGUGACUGUUGGAGGAGACACACUGUGGCUACUUCCUGGAGUAAUCAUUGGGAUCAUUGUUCUCUUACUUAUAAUUCUCCUCUGCUUGAUCAUCUUUGUUUGGUCGUUAAAGUCAAAGCAACAAACUCAACAACAGAUUCUGAUUCAAAUAAAUGAAGAGCAGAAGGUUGAUGAACCAGCAAGUAAAAAGGAAGAAGAGGAAGAAAACAUCCAUUAUGGAGAGAUCAGCUUCUCCACACUGGCAUAUGAAGCAUCGUCUAACUCAGUGCGGGACAGUGGACAGCAGCAGCAUACGGUGUACGCACAGAUCAAAAAGCGAGAAAAAAGCUUAAAACAAAGGGCUCACGGCCAAGAGGAACUCUACGCUGAGGUGAAGAAAAAAUGAGAACUGUUGUGAAAUAAUUUUAAAUUAACAUAUAAAUACACACAUGGUGCCCGUAAAUGUGUCAUUUUCACUGCCUACAGUUCAGUGAAGUAAAACAACUAAAAUCCCAUUCCAUGGCUUUUUUAUGUCCUAUUUUCCAUGCUAACUUUACACGGCUGUUUUCAGAUGAUUAACUGUGUUCAUGGCAAAU